AUGACUUGCAAUCACCCACAACCCGUGAUAGCGGACAUUUACCUACAGCCAGUUGAACUCACAGAUGUGUUUGUUGCCAAUAUAGAGGACAAGAAGCAAGCAGCAAGAAUAAUCAAAGAACUGAGCGUACAAGCUCCGUUAGGCGACCUCCAGCACUUGAAGAGAGUUCGGUCACAAACAGGCAAAGAUGUAUCUCUACAAGUUGUAUUGUACAAGGCCAAAUCUGGGAGUUGUCAUUGCCCAUCUGAUAAUGGGAUCAGUGUUGACGGGCUAGGGUCCAGAUAUGUGGUGAAAGUUCCAGCAAAACCUCCAUUAACAAGACAUCAGUACAAUCAGGCAGUUCAAUACUGGCCUGUCAGUUUUCAUGAAAACAAAGAACUAGUCUCACUGUUGUCGGGCAAACAUUUUAGUGAGGCUGAGGUGCAGGAAAUUGAGAACUACAUGAGGCAGGCUUUUAGGCUGGCUGAAAUCUCUAGAGACAAGAAGCAGUUGCCAGUUGGAGCGUUAGUUGUCAACCCUGUCACCAAAACGGUUGUAGCAGAGGCCUACGACCUGCGCCAGGCAGGCUACCCACUUCAACAUGCAGUCAUGGUAGCCAUUGAUUUAGUAGCACAUUCUCAAGGCGGUGGCAUGUGGAAGUUUGAUGGCGCACAGGUUUUAUUGCUAAGGACACCUCUAUUUUCAGAUUCACAUCCGAAUCUAAAACAUUCACUGCCCGGGGGAUCUGGUGACACCAAGACAAAAGUGGAACCUUAUCUGUGUACAGGAUAUGAUUUGUAUGUGACACAGGAACCGUGUGUGAUGUGCAGCAUGGCAUUGGUACAUUCCAGAAUUGGGCGUGUGUUUUACGGGUCGUCACAGCGUGACGGGGCACUGGGGUCACAUUAUAAGAUACACUGUCAGCCAGGUCUGAACCACCAUUACAGUGUCUUCAAGGGCUGUCUGCAGACACAGACUGAUCAGUUGUACCAGGAGAGAUAA